AUGCCUACGAUUGGAAUCAAGAAGAAUAUUUUGGACAAAUACCUCGGAAGAGAGUAUUCUGAACAAGAAUUGGACGAAGUCUUUUUUAAUUAUGGGCUUGAAUUGGAUGACGUUGUAGGUUUUUUUAUUUAUUUUUGAAACAUUUGCUCGUAUAGGUAGUCGAGAAAACAGCCGAUGGAAAGGAAGUAUCUACCUUCAAGAUCGAAGUUCCAGCUAACAGAUACGAUUUGUUGUGUGUUGAAGGCCUGGCAAGAGCGUUGAGAGUCUUUGAGGGAGUGUAGGCUUUUAUAAUGUAUUCUACAAUCUUUUUUAGCGAGAAGCCUCCCAGAUAUGAAAUUAGUAAACCGAAGGAACAAGUUGUUCUGAAUGUGGAGAAGUCCGUGGAAACGAUUCGACCAUACAUUGUGUCCGCAAUCUUGAGAGAUGUUGUGUUUGACGAGGAUACUUACAACAGUUUCAUCGAUCUUCAAGAUAAAUUGCAUCAGAAUAUCUGCAGGAAGAGGACUCUGGUCUCUGUUGGAACUCACGAUUUGGACACGGUUAAAGGCCCUUUUUAUUAUCGAGCUUUGAAACCGCAAGAUAUCAAGUUUGUUCCGUUAAAUAAGACAAAAGAAUACAAUUCCAAGGAUUUGUUGGAAGAUUAUGAGGUGAGUUUUGUAGUGGACUCUCUCAAUUCCGACCUUUAGAAGAACGAACUUCAUCUUCGCGAAUUCGUGCCUAUAAUCAAAACCAAGCCUUUGUAUCCGGUUGUCUUUGACUCAAGUGGCGUUGUCUGUUCAUUGCCUCCAAUUAUCAACAGCGAUCAUUCCAAGAUUACAUUGAAAACCAAAAAUGUUUUCAUUGAAGCAACGGCGGUCGAUCUCAACAAGGCCAACAUUGUAUUGGAUACCAUCGUGACUAUGUUCAGUCAGUAUUGCAAGCAGAAGUUCACUGUUGAACCAGUGAAAGUGGUAUAUGAAAGCAAGAAAGUUCCGGAUACCGUAUAUCCAGCAAGUUUCAUUUUUGAUGGUUUUUAUUCGAGCCUUAGGUUCUGCCAUACCGUGAGCAAGAAGUGAAUCUUAGUCAGAUGAAUGUGAAGAUCGGAAUUGACGUCGAUGCAGAUAAGGCAGUAGAUUUAUUAUCCAAAAUGUCAUUAUCGGCCAAGAAAGUAAAGAACGGAAAGAUUUUGGUAUGUUCUCAAAAGUGACGACAAUUUUUAAGGUCACCGUUCCUCCAACUCGCCAUGAUGUCCUCCAUGAAUGUGAUGUUGCGGAAGACCUUGCCUUGGCUUAUGGCUACAAUAAUCUUCCCACUCGAUUGCCCCAAGCCCAUACUGUCGCUCAGCCCUUCGCUCUAAACAAACUGUCGGACCAGCUGAGAAACGAAUUCGCUUUGGCUGGCUGGACUGAGGUCAUGAACUUUGCUCUGUGCUCGGAAGAUGAUAUUACCACCAAACUGAAGAGAGUUGACAUCAACGGUGUCAAGAUCGCCAAUCCAAAGACUCUUGAAUUCCAAGUCGCCAGAAACUCUCUUCUCCCGGGACUGUUGAAAACGUUAUCCAACAACAAGGAGAUGCCCCUGCCUAUAAAAUUGUUCGAAGUUCAAGAUGUUGUCUUCAGAGACACUUCAAGAGGCAAAUAAUACCUAUUAUUGUUAAUAUUUAUUUUUAGAUACAAACUCGAGAAAUCAAAGGAAUGCAGCUGCUGUCUAUUACAGUAAGACUGGUAGUUUCGAAGUAAUACAUGGACUUUUGGAUAGGAUCUUCGAAGUUCUGGAUGUCCCUCUCAGUAAAUCAGGAGGAGUUGGUUAUUUUAUCAAGGAGAAGGAAGGUAUAGGUUUUUAUUUAUGUUUAUGUUUUCCCAUUUAGAUCCGACUUAUUUCCCUGGUCGAUCAGCCGAAGUAAUCUACAGGACAGUAGAUGGGAAGCUUGUUGAACUGGGUGUCUUCGGUAUCCUUCAUCCAGAAGUGUUGACCAAUUUCAACUUGAAUAUGCCGUGCUGUUCCUUGGAGAUAAAUAUUGAACCCUUUGUCUAG